UUUCAGAUUAGAAACGGAUGAAGUUCUCUCCGUUGCAUUAUAUCCGUCGUGCAAGCCGAAACGGAAGACGUGAAGUGGACAAAACUGAACCAUCCGUGCUUACCACCCAUGUGGUGAGGGAAUUUUUAAUUCGAUUAGGAAAAUCAAUUGGAAUUUUGUCCGUACCAGUCGUAUUUAUUGAUGUCAUUGGUUAUCCAGCAAGUAUUACCGGGUCAUCAAUGGAGCCAACAUUACACGGUAGUGACAAGAAGUGGUGGAAACGGGAUGUUGUCUGGUUAUCACGUUUUGGUUUGCAUAAACCAGAGAUCGGACAAAUUUACACGUUUAUACCACCAAAUGAUCCCGAGAAACGUCACAUCAAACGUAUCACUGCUGUGGAUGGUGAUAUAAUCAGGUAUCAUGCUUGUUUUAAAUUCUAUAUCAACUUUACGGUCUGGUCAAAUCCAGUAUUUUCAUCAUGGAUUACAUCUGUUUAG